AUGUCCAUCAGGGUGACCCAGAAGUCCUACAAGGUGUCCCCCUCCGGCCCCCGGUCCUUCAGCAGCCGCUCGUACACCAGUGGGCCGGGCGCCCGCAUCAGCUCCUCGGCCUUCUCCCGGGUGGGCAGUAGCAGCAGCUUCCGGGGAGGCCUGGGCAGCAGCAUGAGUCUGGCUGCAGGUUACAGUGGGGCCCCAGGUCUGGGGGGCAUCACAGCUGUCACGGUGAACCAGAGCCUGCUGAGCCCCCUCAAGCUGGAGGUGGACCCCGACAUCCAGGCCGUGCGCACCCAGGAGAAGGAGCAGAUCAAGACCCUGAACAACAAGUUCGCCUCCUUCAUCGACAAGGUACGGCACCUGGAGCAGCAGAACAAGAUUUUGGAGACCAAAUGGAACCUUCUGCAGCAGCAGAAGACAGCCCGGAGCAACAUAGACAACAUGUUUGAGAGCUACAUCAACAACCUCCGGCGGCAGCUGGAAACCCUGGCCCAGGAGAAGCUGAAGCUGGAAGUGGAGCUUGGCAACAUGCAGGGGCUGGUGGAGGACUUCAAGACCAGGUAUGAGGAAGAGAUCCAAAAGCGCACAGACAUGGAGAAUGAAUUUGUCAUCAAGAAGGAUGUGGAUGAAGCCUUACAUGAACAAGGUAGAGCUGGAAGGAGAUCCGCGAGACGCAGUCGCAGAUUUGACACCUCCGUGGUCCUGUCCACGGACAACAACCGCUCUCUGGACCUGGACGGCAUCAUCGCCGAGGUGGAGUCCCGCCUGGAAGGGCUGACUGACGAGAUCAACUUCUACAGGCAGCUGUAUGAAGAGGAGAUCCACGAGAUGCAGUCACAGAUUUCUGACACCUCUGUGGUCCUGUCCAUGGACAACAGCCGCUCCCUGGACCUGGAUGGCAUCAUUGCCGAGGUCAAGGCCCAGUAUGAGGAGAUCGCCAACCGCAGCCGGGCUGAGGCUGAGACCAUGUAUCAGAUCAAGUACGAGGAGCUGCAGACCUUGGCUGGGAAGCACGGGGAUGACCUCCGUCGCACAAAGACGGAGAUUUCCGAGAUGAACCGGAACAUCAACCGACUCCAGGCUGAGAUCGAGGGCCUCAAAGGCCAGAGGGCUUCCCUGGAGGCCGCCAUUGCCGAUGCCGAGCAUCGUGGGGAGCUGGCCCUCAAGGAUGCUCAGGCCAAGCUGGCCGAGCUGGAGGCCGCUCUGAGAACCGCCAAGCAGGACAUGGCGCGGCAGCUGCGCGAGUACCAGGAGCUGAUGAACGUCAAGCUGGCCCUGGACGUGGAGAUCGCCACCUACCGCAAGCUGCUGGAGGGCGAGGAGAGCCGGUUGGAGUCUGGGAUGCAGAACAUGAGCAUCCACACCAAGACCACCAGCGGGUACUCAGGAGUGAACCAGGGCGGCUCCCUAAUCCCUGGGGACCACGUCAGUCCGGAGUAG